AUGUCUGGAGAUUCCUUCGGUGCUCUGACGGACGUCGAGAAAAUAAUGUUGGAUAGUGUCAAGGCAACAGGUCCGAUAUCAUUCUCGACGUUCAUGCAACUCAGUCUUGGGCACCCCACACAUGGGUACUACAUGAAACCGGAACAUGCUGUCUUUGGUACUCAAGGUGACUUUAUCACCAGUCCCGAGAUUAGCCAGAUGUUUGGCGAGCUUGUCGCGUUAUGGAUGAUAAAACAGUGGAUAGAUACGAAUGCUAAAGUACCCUUCCGAGUGGUAGAACUUGGACCUGGUAGGGGGACGCUGAUGGACGACAUACUUCGAGUUUUGAAGCAGCUUCCUGCAGCACGUGGAAAACUAAAGAGUAUUCAUCUUGUUGAGAGCAGUGCGACUAUGCGUGCUUUGCAGGAAAGCAAGCUUCGUAAGGCUUCUCAGGAGGGCAAUUUCGAGACAUUGUGGCAUGAUGCAAUCGAAGAAAUUGAGCACGAGGAAGAUGUCUUCACUAUGCUGGUCGCUCAUGAAUUUUUCGAUGCCCUUCCCGUGAACGUCAUUGAGAGAACUCAACAAGGCUGGAACGAGGUGCUAAUUGCCCCCUCGAGUGAUCCAAGCAUUAAAUACACCAGGCCCUCUUCGGAAUCAGACCAAAAUCCAGACUCUCCCCCACAAUUGCAUCACACGUCUUCGCGCUGGACGCGUGUUCUUUCGCCAACUCCGACAGCAUCAUCAACCCUACUUGGACUUGCGUCUCCUCGGUUCUUUUCGCUCCCUGUAUCCAGAGCAUCCAUGAACCAAGCACGAGGUAUUGGGAAACUUAUCAAUACCAAGGGCGGAGGAUGCGCGCUUGUCAUCGACUAUGGUGCAGACAAAGCCUUUAGCGAUUCCUUGCGGGCCUUCAAACAGCAUAAAAUCGUCGAUGUCUUCUGUAGUCCCGGAGAGUGCGAUAUUACGACAAAUGUCGAUUUUGCGUUGCUGAAAGAGUCUAUGGCUGAUCUUGUCUCGACACAUGGUCCCAUCUCCCAACGCAACUUCCUCACGUGCAUGGGCAUAGAAAUCAGGGCCGCCGCUCUUGUGCGUUCGGCCUUCUCUCUAGAAAGGAAAAAGGCGAUCGAAGAUGGCGCAAGUAGGCUCAUUGAUCCUCUUGGGAUGGGCGAGCAGUACAAGGUGCUCGGAGCUGUUGCGAAAGGUAGGGCAGAAGAAGGCCAAGAUGUUGGCGAGGUUUGGCCAUUCACUGUCAUCCAAAAUAGUGCACAGCAAUCCAUUUAA